AUGCAUCAUGGGAAAGUGGAGAGGGAGGUCAAACCAACAUGGCGGCCUAAGGGCCAGUGUUUGCAGCAUUUACAGACUGGAUUUACAAUGGCUGUAGACUCAAGAAACUCAGAUGGAAAGUCUUCUUUUGAUUCUGGACAACGCGAUGAACGAGACUGGCCUGAUUUUGCUUGUGGUGCAGGAGCCGCAGUUGUCAAUAUCAUCGUAACCUUCCCCGCGUACAAGGUGAUGUUUCGCCAGCAGGUCGAGGGGUUAAGAUUUCGUAAAGCUCUGAGACAGGUCUUAAAAGAAGGAAUUGCAAACCUUUACCGGGGCGUUUUACCUCCAUUGAUGCAAAAAGGUACUUCCCUUGCUAUUAUGUUCGGUUGUUACCACAAGUUUCAAAGAGUACUUUCAAAGGCUUUUCCCAACACAUCUUCGGUGAAAACGAAUGCAGUAGCUGCCUUACUAGCUGGAAGCUUGGAAGCUUCUUUGACACCAUUUGAACGCGUGCAAACGUUAAUGUCUCAUCGAGGCCAUAAUGAGAGAUUCACAAAUACUUUUCAUGCUUUUAGAGUUGUAGGAAAACAGUUUGGACUACUGGAAUACUACAGAGGCCUUACUCCCAUACUCUUAAGGAAUGGACCCUCUAAUGUGCUCUUCUUCGGCCUUAGAGGCCCUAUAAAAUCCUUCCUUCCAGAGACAAAGACUAGCAUUGGUAAUGCAGCCAAUGAUUUUGUCAGUGGCGCAGUCUUAGGUGCUUGUCUUAGCACAUUGGCCUUCCCGACAAAUGUAGUUAAAAGUCAUAUGCAGAAACAGCUAGGAGGUGAAUUUAUCAAUGUCUUUAAAGCCUUCAAUGUUGUUUUUCAAGAGCGUGGUAGAAGCAUACGACGUCUGUUCUACGGUGUGUCGCUGAACUACACAAGGGCUUUAAUGUCAUGGGGGAUAAUUAAUUGCACAUAUGAAAUACUCAUGAAGUUGACUGGCUUUGGACAGCUAUUGCACAAAAAGAAAUAUGCAAAGGUGUAGAUUUUCUAGCCUGCAAAAACAGACAUUUCUCCAUGCUCAUCGCCACUGGGAGACGUUUCACGAGGAGGAACGUCUGCGACUCAGCGACAAAAAUUCCAUACUGAUGACGUAAAAUCUGUCUGGAAUCCGGUCAUAAGCGCUGAUUGGAUGAUGGAGGAGUUACAUUGUUUUAGCUAUUGUUUUACGAAUGACAGACAAAAGACAAAAGGCUAAAAAGGUCAAAGGUAAACGCAAUGAAUCUAUGACAAAACAGUCAAUAUUUGUGGACUAUCAUCUUCUCUAGUAGAAGCAUUUAAGUUUUGCUAGUGCUCCUUAAUUCGCAGAUGAACACAAAACUUGACCAAAAUCGACCAGGAGUAAACACUGAUUUAUGUCAUCAGUAUGGAAUUUCUGUUGCUGAGUCGCAGACAUUUUUCCUUGCGAAAUGUCCCCAGCAGUGAGGAGCAUGGAGAAAUGGCUCUUCUCUCAGGCUAUAGGUUUUCUGUUAACAACAUGAUCAUCAGGUGACCCACUGAAGCAAAGAGAAAAAAAAAAAGCACUUCUGGGGUACCCUGUUCCAGGUAUUCAGAUAUUGGUGGAGUAGUGCAGAAUGGAGAGGAGAGGGGAAAGCGGAAUGAGAAAGGAGAAAAUGCCUAAGAAUGUUGCCAGGCAUUCCCUCUCUUGAUGAGCUGUUUCCAGUUCCCUGAUCCUCCCCCUUUAUAACACUAUUCUCUUCGCUUCGCCAUGUCCCAACUCUCUGAACACCUGGGCCGAACUAGUUCUGGCAUAGGCAGCAAUUCAUAUCAGGCGUUUAUGAUUUUGAAAUGAAUUCUGUUUUGGAUAGAUACAGCGUAAUCAGGAAAAAGGGGGGAAAGCUCUUGUUUUCCUUUUCUUUCUGCAUUAAAUGCUUUAUCUGUAAUCUGGAUUCCAGAUAUAUCAUUUAGGCUGAACAGUGACCAAUGUGUAUCAUUGACUGUAUAUUGAAGAAUAUCAAACUGUAUGGGUGCAGUGUGAAGAAUUUGAGUUCAGUCUUGAGCUAGCAAGUUAAAUUUACUGUGCAAAGGUCACCAAAUGUUUACCUAUAGAAGGGUAAACAGUCUUGAAAACUUGAAUAUUGUGCUUUACAGGCCAGUGAAACACUCCAUUCAAACUGUGAGCCUCUACAAUCAGGCACAAUGCACUAACUUUGAAUAUUAAGUGCGCGUUUUUACACUGGCAUUCAACCAGCUCAGUAGCAUAAAGCGACUUAAAUUGGUCUCCGAGACACAAGCCCAACAUCUUGUGUUCAAAUCUAAUACACCAGUUAUGUUUACCUGAAUUGCAUAUUAGGGCUGUUUAUAUGACAGAAAAAUGAGGCUACUUUAUAAUCAUUAAACCAUCACAUCAAUGAUAUAUUUCCCACAUCUCCCAAGCUUGGUCAAUGCCAGCUGGUUAUGAAGAAUUAGCUGGGGUAUUUGAACUAAUCAGAAAUUAAAUAUUUGAUUUCUUUGUAAUGAAUAAUAAUGUGUUUUAUUUAACAUCUGAGUCUUCACUGAUUUUUAUAUGUUCAGGCUGACCUUUUAAUAAUGCAUCAGUGAUUUGAACCACUUGCUGGACCUGACCCCCAGAAAAUAGUGGUUAUUUAUCAUUGACCUAUUUUUGAAACACUGCUAAUCUCUCUGCCCCCUUUUUCUGCUUGGACUAAUUAUCUUCCUUUGAGAAAAUGAAAUAAACAAUACUUGUGCAAACUUUUAUGAGAAAAACAAAUAAUUCCAUUAUGGGGAACAUGAAGGUUGCAGAUAGUGGGGUAUCUGCUUACUUCAGAAGCAAAUAAAACACAACUCAAUCAGGGGUGUAGGGAAUAAAAACUGUGUAUUACAGUGAUUUUGUUACAAAUAGUUAAGGUGAGUCUUGGGGCUCAUUUUGUGAAAAAUUAUGAGUCCCAGACUUGAGCAAAUCAGUCCCAGUUAAAAAAAACAAUGAAUCCAUAAAUUGAAAAUGCUUAGACCUUUAUGUAACCAGACAGUUAAUCUGAAGACAGACCCCAAAACUUUUUACUACAGUAUACUGAAAUUAAAUCUAGUCCUUCUAUUUUAAGGCACAACAAAGGCUAAAAGAAAUACACAUCUUUAAACAACAGCCAUAAUAACUGCGACAAAAAUUACAUGAUAAGGAUAUUUCUUCAAAAACACAUGGAUCGAUCAACCCCCUUACUGAUCGAUCUUUGUGUCCUACAGGAUGCAUGUCAUAAAUCAUUUUGUGUCUUUAAGGCGUUUUAUGCAUCAGGGAUGCCGGGUGCAGAGAAAACAAAAUUACUAGUAACAGUUGUCUUUAAUUCACUAAUUUAUAUCUUAUCACAAAGUUUUUUUGCCAGGACCAUGCCAGUUUCAGUUGCAGCACUGAGUUUUGCGAAGAGAAGACUUCUUCAAGACAGUAAACUGACAAAUACGGUACAUAUCUUUUCUGCAUAA